CGGGGUAGCUCAAGGGGCKCCGCGACAUGGGCCCGCCGCCACCGCCGCUGUGAGUAGCCUCCUUGGCGGUGGGGCGGCCGGCGGAGGCGGGAGCGGCGCGACCCUUGAGUGGAGGGCAGCUGGCUUCCAGGCCGGCCGCGGGUCGGGACGGACAGCCCCGCAGCGACAUGUAACCAUGGAGUGCAGGACCAAGGAAAAUCCAGAAAGAACCUUUGACUUGGUAUUGAAGGUGAAAUGCCAUGCCUCAGAAAAUGAAGAUCCUGUGAUAUUGUGGAAAUUCCCAGAGGACUUUGGAGACCAGGAAGUACUACAGAGCGUGCCAAAGUUCUGUUUCCCCUUUGACGUUGAAAGGGUAUCCCAAAAUCAAGUUGGACAGCACUUUACCUUUGUACUGACAGACAUUGAAAGUAAACAAAGAUUUGGGUUCUGCAGACUCACAUCAGGAGGCAAAAUUUGUUUAUGCAUCCUUAGUUACUUGCCGUGGUUUGAAGUAUAUUACAAGCUUCUAAAUACUCUGGCAGAUUACUUGGCUAAGGAACUGGAAAAUGAUUUGAAUGAAACACUCAAAUCACUCUAUAACCACCCAGUACCAAAGGCAAAUACUCCCGUCACUUUGAGUGUGCAUUCCUACUUCAUUGCCCCUGAUGUAACUGGACUCCCAACAAUACCUGAGAGUAGAAAUCUUACAGAAUAUUUUGUUGCUGUGGAUGUGAACAAUAUGCUGCAACUGUAUGCCAGUAUGCUGCACGAAAGGCGCAUCAUUAUUACCUCUAGCAAAUUAAGCACUUUAACUGCCUGUCUCCAUGGAUCGGCUGCUCUGCUCUACCCAAUGUAUUGGCAACAUAUAUACAUCCCAGUGCUUCCUCCACACCUGCUGGACUACUGCUGUGCCCCAAUGCCAUACCUGAUUGGAAUACACUCCAGCCUCAUAGAGAGAGUGAAAAACAAAUCAUUGGAAGAUGUGGUUAUGUUAAAUGUUGACACAAAUACUCUAGAAUCACCAUUUAAUGACUUGAACAACCUGCCAAGUGAUGUGGUCUCGGCCUUGAAAAAUAAACUGAAGAAACAGUCUACAGCUACCGGUGAUGGACUAGCUAGGGCCUUUCUUAGGGCACAGGCUGCUUUGUUUGGAUCCUACAGAGAUGCUCUGAGAUACAAACCUGGUGAGCCUGUCACUUUCUGUGAGGAAAGUUUUGUAAAGCAUCGCUCAAGUGUGAUGAAACAGUUCUUGGAAACUGCUGUUAACCUUCAACUUUUUAAGCAGUUUAUAGAUGGUCGACUGGCAAAACUAAAUGCAGGAAGGGGUUUCUCUGAUGUAUUUGAAGAAGAAAUCAGUUCAGGUGGCUUUUGUGGAGGAAACCCAAGGUCAUAUCAACAGUGGGUACAUACWGUAAAGAAAGGAGGUGCACUGUUCAACACAGCAAUGACCAAAGCAACGCCUGCAGUACGGACAGCUUAUAAAUUUGCAAAAAACCACGCAAAGCUGGGAUUGAAGGAAGUGAAGAGUAAACUGAAGCACAAGGAAAAUGAGGAGGACUACGGGACCUGUUCUGGUUCGGUACAAUAUACACCAGUUUACACUUUACACAGUGAAAAGGGAGGAAACAUAGAAAAGCGUAAGCUUGCCCAGGCACGCUUAAAAAGGCCUCUUAAGAGCCUUGAUGGUGUUCUGUAUGAYGAUGAGGAGGACGACAUUGAAAGAGCAAGCAAGUUAUCUUCUGAAGAUGGCGAGGAAGCUUCUACUUAUUUUUAUGAAAGUGAUGACUCUGUUGAAACAAAAGCAAUGAUUCCUUAUCCAGGUGAAAUGGACUUGUUAGGAGAGAUCCUCGACACACUGAGCACACAUAGCUCAGAUCAAGGAAAGCUGGCAGCUGCAAAGAGCUUGGAUUUCUUUAGAUCAAUGGAUGAUAUUGAUUACAAACCUACGAAUAAAUCCAAUGCUCCUAGUGAGAAUAACCUGGCUCUCCUAUGUGGUGGUUCUGGUGAUCAAACAGAGUGGAAUCUCGGGCAGGAUGAUAGUGCUCUCCAUGGUAAACACCUCCCUCCAUCUCCCAGGAAGAGGGUUUCCUCUAGUGGCUUGACAGAUACUCUCUUCAUCCUAAAAGAGGAAAACAGUGAAAAACACCUCAGUGCUGACAAUUUGAGUAGCCCUACUGUGGUGGAAAAGCCAGAUCUUACUGCAGGAUUGAGUUUUCCAAUAGCUGUCACUGAAGUAUCCCAGACUGAUAAAGGAAGAAGAGAAAAGAAAGAAACACUAAGCCAGAUUUCAGAUGAUCUGCUUGCGCCCAGCCUUGGGCAACGUCCAUCUACUUUCGUUCCUUGGGAGAAAGAAGGGAAAGUCAAAACAACUUCAGAAGAUAUUGGACUGCUCCAUGAAGUAGUGUCAUUAUGUCACAUGUCAUCUGACUUCCAACAAGGUUUAACCAUUUCAGAAGAAAAUACAAGGGGAAACCAAGCUUAAGUCACCAAUUAAGGGUCAUUCACUUGCAUCUAAGCUUCUAUGGAAACAUUUUGGGAUUGCCUGAAAUUUAUGUAGUAAACAAAAUCAUUGUAGGAAUGAUAACUCUUGCUAUUAUUUAAUUUUUUUUUAUUUGGAACAAACAUUUCCCCCACUUGUUCAUCUUGUGGAUAUGUAUGUUAUCCAUCGAUUUUAAAAUGUAAAGUGAAUUCUUCUACUGUGCUAUUAAAUCAGGUACUAGUUUGUAUGUAUGUCUAAAGUAAGUAUUGAACAUAUGAUUUCCCAGUAUUUGGUGCUUAAAUGCCAUUCAUUUAUUUAAACUAAGUAUGCAUAUAUAAUUCUUGCAUAUAACCAGUAGCUAUUAUACUAAUCUGGUUGAGCAUGAACCUGAUCAGGAUGUCAAAACUAGCCUGAAACUGAUGAAAUUGUUAACCCACUAAUUGCCUUAAUCUUAAAACUACAUUAAGCAUACUUUAAUAAUGUAUGAAAUUACAUGUAAACUUUGAGAGCUAAGUUAUUUGUCCUUCAGAGCAAUAAUGCCUUUUUCUAUUCAUCAAUUUAAAAUCAAAAUUCAUUUUUUAAGGCUCAAAAGCUCUCUUGUGGAAAUAUUUAAUUUGCUUUUAUAAGGACACUGUAGCCAUGUUUUCCAAAAGGUAUAAAGCUAUAAAUUUACCUUUCACUCAGUGAAAUAUAUGAAGUGCUGAAUUGCAAUGUGAAGUUAAUGACUUCUGUUUACAAAUGAGACAUGUACAGCAUUUUCAGUCUCUGUGUAUGCCUUUGCUAGCUAGGGGUUCACUGCAAGAAGGCCAAAUGCAAUGUAAACUUGUCCAGACUAAAAUUUUCAUGUCUUUUUUCUUAGCUAAUCAUUUUCCAUCAAAAUGCUUCAUAUCAUUAUCUCAGAUUUAUUUUUUUUCAAAUAACUGAUUUUGUAUAUAGAUUUAUAGAAAAAUURCACAGACAGUGCAGAGAGUUCCCACAAUAGCCCUGUACUCAGUUUCCUAGAUUAUUAACAUCUCACUUCGGUGGAAUAUAUUUGCCAUAAUUAUGAACCAAUAUUGAUAGUCCAUACAUUAUUAAGAUUUCUGCAGUUUUUCCUUAACGGAUGCUUUCUGUUCUAGCAUCCCAUCCAGGACACCAUAUUACAUUUAUUUGUAAUGUUUCCUUAGGCUCUUCUUGGCUGUGGCAGUUUAUCUUAAACUUUUCUUGUUUUUGAUGACCUUGACAGUUUUGAGAAGUAGUGGUCAGAUAUAUUUCAGGGUACCCCUCUUGGAAUUUGUUUGAUUUUUUUUCCCUCCUAAUCACAGUAGGAUUAUGGGUUUGGGGGGAACAGGUCACAGAAGUAAAAUGUCAUUUUCAUCACAUUAUAUCAACAUGUUUUGUGGAUGUUGAUGUUGAUAACCUGACUGAAGUAACAUUUGUCAUGCUUCUCCAACAUUAAUUUACUCUUCAACCCCCUUUCUACACUGUGGACUUUGGAAGGAAGUCACUACAAGUCUCCCACUCUUAAGGAGUUAAGCUUCAUCUCCUUUAGGCAGAGGGUUACUGGAAUAAAUCAUCUGGAAUUCUUCAUGGGAAAUUUGUCUCCCACAAAUUUACUAUUAAGCUUUGGAAUUCAUCUAAAUUACAUAAUUACUUCAUGGUAAGGCAGACUAGUGAUGUUAUGGCUAAUUUMUCUCUGUGUACCUAUUUUCUGUAGCCUCAGUCAUGAUUAUAUUCUUUUAAAAAUACCUUUUUUAAAGAAAAAAGAAAAAAAAUGUAUGAGAAACCAUUCAAGAACUGUAGUAAGACACCACUGCAAAUAUUUACUGAAGAAGUAUAAUUUCAGUUAAAAAUCUAAAAGUAGGUUUGUUUAAAACAUUGCUUAAAAUUAUUUAUUCAGGUCAGUUUUUUAAAAAAAAUUGCAUUCCAAAAUUAAAGGAGUAUAUUGUAAUCAGGAUGAUUAAUCAUUCAUAAUUGUAAAAGAAGAUGAAUCUUGUUUUCCUUAUAAGAAUGCGUUCUAAUAUUAAGGAAAAAGUUUUAAUCUUUAUUUUAUCAUAAAAGUAAGAUUCAGAGUUCUUGUCAAAUUUUGCCUUUAUAUGUUCAUUUCAAAUUCCAGUUUACUUUAUUGAAAUAUGCAAUAAAAAACUCCAUAUAUCAGAAGAGCUGUUCUAACUGAGAAGUAAAAAGGCUACUCUGAUGGUUAAUCUGCUUGGCAAAUGCUCCAUUAUUUGUGAAAGAAUACAAAGUCAUCUUUUAAUACAAAUUUUGAAAUGAGGUGUUUUUUUUCUCCUUCCGAACUCAGUCUGAAGAAUGAGAUGAUGAUGAGUGUAACAGACCAGAUUGGGGUGUCAAUUGACUUCUUAAUAAAUAGCAUGGCCACAGAAAUUUAUGUUCUUUUUCUAACUUUCGGUCAUCUCACAACAUGUUUGGCUCUAAUACUAUGUUGUUUUGAGGAUACUUAGCCACUCACAAAUAACAUUAAUUGUCUUAAGGAAUUUUUAAAGUGAUUUGUGCCUUAUUUUUACAUACAAAAUUAGAUGUUUUACUCUGUUAAAGACAAAAGCAAAAACAAAAUUCUACCUGUUAUUUCUGAAAAAAAAUCCAGAAGACCAUUAGCAGAUAUUGGCAUCUCAAAACAUUAAAGUUCUGAGUACUCAGAGUCUGCUUUUAAACUAGCUUCCCAAUAUUUAGGUAGAUAUACUGCACAUGAAGUGAAAUUAGCAUGAAUUCUGAAAUAAAUAAGUUUUAUUUUCUACUGUGCCCAUAUUUUCUGUUGUAACUAAACCAGAUUACAAAAAUUCCCUCACUGUUUGAAAUUUUUUCAAAAUACACAGCACCUCCUCUUUAGCAAAAUUAUAUAAACUUAAUGACUUUUGAUUUUGUGAUAUGAUCAUUUAUAUGACCUCUAAACURAGUCAUGACUCUUCCUGAAUCUUGCUGUAGCUUUUAUUGUUUUGCYCUUAGAUUGCAUCCAUGGUCUUUCAGGGAAAUAGAGAAAUAGUAUAUAAAUUUAGUGGCUGUUGUUUUGUUUAGUGAAAAUGUUGCUAACUGGCAUAUUUUUAUGAUUAAGUACUUUAGCAAAUCUUAGGCACCAAAAUAAAGCAUGAUUAUUUUUCCAACUUAAAACUAAUAACUCCUUCGUUUUAAAAAUAUGGACUUUUUAAACCAUUCACAAGGUACGAUAACUGAAGGUGCAGGGGAAAUAAAAUCAUUAACAUUGUUCUUGCUCUGAAAGGAAUCGCAAAAGUAUUGAAAUAAUAAUAUAAUAAUGUGCUUUGCUUAGAAGUUAUCAGCCUAAGAUUCGAAAGUCAAGAAAGAUGUUCUUUUUUUUUAAUACCUGCUUAAUCUAAAGCAUGUUCUAAGUACAGAACUAAAGUACCAUAUCUGAUUUCAUUAACUUUCCUAAUCAUUAUGCUAAUUAUAAUAAUGCUGCUAAGAUAUCUUUCAGAGACUGAUUGUCCUUGUUUAACUGAUUUUCUGUCAGAUAAGCAAGUGGCUUAUUCCUCUGUGGGGAAUGAUGCUCCUUUUCCAUGCUUAGGGCCACUUUAUUCAGUUUAGUAAGAAGUGAGGGUGUGGACGAGAAUCCAAUCAUGUUGAUAAGAAUCCAGUUUUUGUAAUAUGAAAUGACUUGCAUUCUGCCUCAUAUAUAACAACUUAGAAUAAAUAAAUAAUUUAACUUUUUUUUUAAAUCCAGUUUUUACUUUUUUCUCUUAUCUUUAUAAUAGCAUUCUCUAGAAACAGGUCCUUCCAUUUAAAUUAAACUAAGUGACAAUGCUGUUAUUAGGAUUUUAUGCUAAUAUUCUAAUACUAGAAUCCAGGAAAUCUAAUGAAUUGUUUAUUAAAUAAAAUGAUGAAGUAGAUCCUGAGCAAGAGGAGAAAACUGAAUGUUCUUAUAAUUGGUAGACCUUCAUUCUUUAUUUGAAAAUUCAGAUUGAUUACUUUCAUGAAUAAGUUUUCUAAUGAGAACUCCAUUUUGUUUAGCAUCAAAGAGUCUGAAUCUAAGAAAAUAUUUGUAAAUGAGAAUAUAAAUUCAGGAAUGUAAGAUGAAUCUCCAAGUUUAAUUCCCCCAGAGCAAUUUUUAAUAUAGGAAAGAGUUUUUAGAAACCUUGUGUCAGUACUGACAUUUUAUCUAUGUGGAGCCCAGUAAUAUGGUUAGUGCAUGUUUCAUAAAACUUCUUUAAAAGCCAGAUUGGUUUUGAGCAAAGCAGUUAACAUUAUGAUCUGGUUAAGGAAUAYGGAAUUAUGUACAUUUAGACCAAGAUGUAUUUUAUUUUACAAAAUAAUAGGAUUUUGUGCAAUAUUUUUUUUCUUUCAUAAUUUAGUUAAUAUAAAUAUGCACAUCUGCUUUUCUAGCAGAUGCCUUAAGGUCAUGUCUUUCAGUAUUUGCGUAAAAUURUAUGUAGCAAUGUUCUGUG